AUACAUUUUCUGGAGCAAAUGAGUUAAUGACUCAUCCCAAGCAAAAAGUAUACAUGCAGGUUGUGCUGUUAUAUUAUCCCUACCAAUGUUGAGACCAAACCUAAGCCCUUGUUUGAAAGGCAACAAACUACGAACUAAACUAGUGCAAAUCUCUCAAUAUGUCAUUUUUCAGUCAUGAUGGGUACGUAUAGGAAUGCAAUUGUAUUAUACAACACCAAUUGAAAGGACAUUCAAAUUUCCAAAAUGUGCUUAUAUGUUCUCCUCCUAUAUGAAAUUAAAUUGCAGCAAUUCAAAUGAGCACCUGUGGCAAUGAGUUGAAACAUCACUACCAAUCAUCUUCAUCAACUUUCAUUCCAGUCACACUUUGCCAUUCUGACAGCUCCGUCAAUGGCGUGAGGCGCUCUAGCCGCGGAUGUAAAUCAUCUCGUGAGCUACGCGACAGCACAAUCAGCUGUGAAUGCUCCACUUUGGAGCAGCAGAGAAUGGGAGGGGCACUUGCCUAUUCCCACACACACACGCGCGCACACUUCAUAGUGGAUGCCGCCGUUUCUUCGGCAGCUGGAUUCCAGUUGCUUGUGGAUCACAAGCGUCAGUCAGCACUAAAAAGCGAAGACACUCAGGAUUUUGGCCAUAUAACAAUGGACGUAGUGGACAGCCUUUAGUCGGGGGGGCUUUAGGGAGUGCCCCCCAAAAAUGGGGAACAGCGUGCAGAAACGGAAAAAGGUGGAGACGGAGAAAACGCUCCCUGCACUCUGGGAGAAACCAAAGGGCUUCUGGUUGAUAGGACGCAAAGAAAAGCAGAGGACAGGAGCUGGCAGCAAAGCCAACGAUGAGCAGAAGAAGUUGACCGUACACUUCUCAGCCACUCAACACUUCCAAGAAAAUGUUUUCAUAGAAGGCGACCGGUCUCAGUACCUGGAGGACCUUCAUUCGGAGGCUCUUGAGGGACUGAAAAUACUACAACAGAAAGGUCAGCAAGAGCAUGAGAGUGGAGUGACCUUUACUGAAGAUGAAAGCCUUUCUGCUUCGUCAGACACGGCACAUCAAGACAACCUUAGCCACAAAGAUGAGGGGGGCUCUUUGGAAUCAAAAUCCAACUCAGGGAUUACUGAUAUGAGAACGUCUGUUUUGACCAAACCUGUGCUUACACGUCAAGGUUCGACAUUCAGGCCUCUGCAUCCGGUGAAAAGGUUAGAAAAGUGCAGAAAGAGAACUAGACGGACUACCAUUAUGGGUAUUCCAAACCAGGUCCAGAAAGAACUUGGAUUCCACAGUGGCUCUACUUUCCAACAGACUGUUUCCACUCAGCUACCCAAUCACAACAGCCAAACGGGUGUUUUUAUCAUUCCUACCGUUGAAGGAGGGACACCAAUGAUGGCCAAGGAAGGAGCGAGGGUGCAUCUAUCAGAGCUGGAACAGGUAUGUGGUGAUAAUCAGCAGAUGAAAUCGCAUCCGAAGCAAGUGUACAAGGAUGAGGAACCCUUGAACCACCAGGGGUUUGGAACCCAUCACUAUCGGUCAUCUGUCAUCAGACCAAAGUCUGUUGCAGUACCUGGAAUGACAACCUUUACUUCCUUCAAUCCUUUAAUGAAUAACUUGCUUGUGGAAUCCCAGGGUCCAGUGAUGUCAGUAUCUCCUCAGGCUACCUACCUAUCAACAAUUAUUCCAAAUGCGGUGCUGCCAGCUUCAGUUGAAGUUAUCGAGAUUGACUGUGGCUGCCAACGAGGCAACAGUGUCAACCAUAGUGGAAGUGUUCACACUGUAAGCAAAAGCAGCCUGGCCUCUGCAGGUUCAUCAGCGAGCCCCUUUCUUUCCAGAAAAUUAGAUAAUGACGGUUCCCAAACAGAGAGUUCAAUCAAGCACUCCGCAACUGAUGGCACCACACACAAAGUGGAUUUCAAUCUCCAGGAAAGUUGUGUCGAUUCUAGAAGCGGCCAAGAACUCACCAGCCUCCACAACUCUGAGAAUCUCAGUAGUCAUACUGAAAAAUCAACAACGAACAAACCUUCUGAGCUGGCCAUUCCAUGUGCCCGAGGGGAUAAUGCAAAGAUCAAACGCAAUUCCACUCGAAGUCUUUCAAUUAUCAAGACCAAGCUACCUCCAGCACCCCCACGAAGAUCAAACUCUCUUUACAACAAUAAGAUUCAGCCCAAUUCGAAAGGUCAGCUGGACGAAAAUGCAAAUUGUUCUGCUUCUCAAGUAACUAUUAAAGCAAAUGCACCAGCCAGUGAGGAAUUAGAACAAGUUACAGCAGAAGGAAACAAGAUCCUGGAUCCUACGUUAACUUUUACAAAAUCCAUUUCACACGCCUCCUCUAGUCCUAUAGGUUCCACACAGGCUUCUUCUGGUGAGACAAGAAGUACGGCAGCAGAGUCAGUCUCAGAAAUAAACACCUCUUUGCCAAAGAAAACGUCCUCAGAAGGUGAGACAUUUGAACGGACCAUCUCACCUUCCAGUGGAUACUCUAGUCAAAGUGGCACCCCAACACUUUCUGCAAAGGAGAUCACCCCGACAUCUCCAGAUAAACAGAAAAUGAAACCAGUUAAGCCAGAAAGAUCUGUCUCUCGGGCUUCAUCCUCAGCCUCUCCUUCCUCAUCACUUACCUCCCUAUCCUCUGGUACAUCCGAACCUGUGAAUACGGAUGUUUCCAGUUCUUGCACUACUAGUUUGCCCCCAGUUUCUGUAAAAGAAUUCUCUUCAUCUUUGGGAAUGGAUGCCAGGGAGCUGUGGAAUGUCCCACCACCUCCCAAGGUAAAAGCACCAUGUCCUCCUCCUCCUGAGACGUGGGCUCAGAACAGCCACACUUUUGCGCUCCUGUGUGCUCCUAGCCCCCAAGUCAGCAAAGUAUUAAUGGAAUCAACAAAGACAACACAGUGUGCAGUGACUCCAGUUAAACCUGAAGAAAGCCAAACCGAAACCGGUGAGUUCAAUAAUGAUGAAAAAACUAAAGAAAAAACUGAAGCCUCUGAAAUAAAAUCAAAGGCUGAACAAUUGUUAUGUGCCAUUCCUGGGAAUGACCAUCAGGAUCAACAAAGUUUGGAAUGUCCGAACGCACAAGAAAAUACAGUUUUACCUAAGGACAGGAUAGAAGAAACAGUAGAGGUGCAAGGAAAAGCGACUUGUAUCAUCACAAUGAAUGACUCCAGUAAUUGUAACAUUACCAUAAAAAAAGAACCACCCCCUGUCAUGAAGAAACCACUACUUAAAGAAGAUAGGAGGUUGCCAGAGAGGCAACAAACUGAAAGUUGCAACAUUACCAAUGAAGAAACUACAACCUCUAUCGAUGAGAGUGAAGAUAAGAUAAACACAACAGAAAACCCAUCAAUACCAGUAAAUUCUGUAGAACCCCUCAUCAUUAACAAAACCUCACCGCCUCCUUCUCCACCACCGGCCUACCAGCCUACACCUCCUCUAACGAGAAAAUCACCUCCCACCUCUGUAUCAACAUCAGCAGUCGAGUCAGAAGAAGUACAGGAGGAGAGCCGCACUGCAGAAUCGUCCUGGCCACCACCUCCACCUCCUUUAGAGGGAGAUUCCGUCUUUGAUGGAGGGGAUGAGCUCGAGUUUCCGCUUCCACCUCCACCAGUGGUGACAGAAAAUAUUCCAGCUGUGGAUGACACUUGUUCCAAACAGAUGGAUGGUUCAGAGACACAAAUUCCACCUUUGGAGGAAUUUGUAAAAACAAAGCUGGUCUCCAGUGAUGCAGAGACAUCUAUACCAUCGGAUCCAGUUUUGCCUCGAACUGAUGUUUGUGACAAGAAAUACACAGAAACUUCACAGGGGCACAUAGACACUAUUUCACCUGUUUUGGACAACCCACCAUCAUCACUCAUCAGUCCAUCGGAUAUGCAGCCAUCAGUCUCUGCAAUAACUUCUUACAGUAGUUUCCUCAAACGACGCUCUCUUGAGAUUCAAAGUCACUCUACAACUGAACCUACCAUCACUUCACAACCCCUUACCCUGGUUACUUCCUCUUUACCAAUGGAGAACAUUACAGCCGGGGUUGCCUUUAGAAGGCCACCCAAUACUGCACAUAGAGACAACAGGGGCAAGGAGCUUCUAGCUCGCCACAAAAGCGCACCUAUUCCUAAAGAGGAUGCUAACAUACCUCUAGUCACACCCUCUUUACUUCACAUGGUCCGUCUACGUACAGUCAAUACACCUGAGGAUGGUGUGGAUGCACCCUCUGAGGGGAAGUCAACCAACGAGGGAGCUUCAGUUCAGGAUAUUUCUGGAGCCCCAAUUGUAGGACAGCAAAAGACACCACCAAAGCCGACCCGCAAGGCACUUAAAUCUCCUCCUCCAGUGGGGAAAACAUAUAUGGCACCUAACACCCCAUCCAUGCGAUUACAAGAAGCCAUUCGGAUAAAAACUGCAGCGCUGUCAUCAAGGGACAGUCUUCCAUGCCGAAGGGGGUUGAGACCAUCAUACCACUAUGCGAAUGAACCAGGGGUGUUGUCGCUCAAAUCAUCUGAAGCGUACGACACACAGAGGUUGCCAGCAUCUACUGCAAGCUUCAUCUUUUCAAGGAGAACCAAACAGGUUGUUAAUGAAACUGGUGCUGCUUCUUCACCCGAAGUUCAGGCUAAUGUGAAGCAAGGUUUAGCGGCCGAGCUGAUGCAGUUUUCUGACCAAACAAGUACGGCAGCUUACUUGAGCAGUGGUUUGAGGUCUGAUCGCGUUCCGCCACCAGUAGCUAGGAAACCUUUGCAAGGCAGUAUCAGUUUAUCACAAGAUCACCCCACUUGUCCAGCUAGAACGGAACCCGGUGUUCCUACCGGAGAUGCAACCGGAGCACAACAAAAUUCCAAGGGAAUAGCACUACCUGAGACAACGACAAGAGUGACCGCAGACACAAUUGAAACACUGUUUUGAAAGCACUUUGUGGUAAUUAACCAAGAAGAUCCACAUGAAAGCCUCCAAGCAACUUAACGACUGCAAUCUACCAUAAACAGGACUAUUAGCUCACAUAUGGGUUGUGCUGACUUUGAAAAAAAAGUAGCCUUAGCCUGAAAUGGCCUUCCAAAUGUAUUUAUGCAAAUCAAUAGCUACGACUUUUGUAUGAUAGCUUUAUUCUGGAGUAUUUUUCUAAACUUCUAUCUGACUAAAGCCCCCCUCAGGACAAACUAGUGUACAUAUGGGCUGAACUGUAAAUAUUGUGUGACAGUGCCCCCCAGAGGCUGAAUUAGGGAGCAGUCAUAUGAGUGUGUUUAUGUACAGAUUUAGAUCUGGCCUUGUAACGUAUAAUAGGGGGGUGUACUGCACGUGGUUGUUUGUCACUAAAUGCUAAUGAAGCCGCCAUUAACACGAAUAAAUGUUAUUGCUUGGAGAUCAGCACAGAAUUAAAUAAUCCAGUUGAGAAAAAGGGAAAGAGUAUUAAAAUGAUAAAGAGGUUGUGUUUAGACAGAAGCACUUUUGUAUAGCUACAGAUGCCAACUAUUAAAAUGCUUUUAUCGGAUUUUCUCUGAUCAUUUGUCUGAGCGUAAUAAAAGACCAUUUGAGAUACAGUUAUGAAAAGCAAAUGCUAUUUAUUCAUGGUUCUUUUCAAUGUUUAGGAGGUAUAUCACCAGUAUUAGAUAAUGUGUACUUGUCACAUCACACAGACUUUUGAUAUCAAGAGUUCAUUAAGUGUCGGAGGUUAUGGUUUUGAUCAUGACUUGUAUUAUACUUUAUGUGCAAUUCUACCAAUGAUGCAACUGCACAGGAAACCAUGACUGAUGAAGUACAGAAGCAGUCACAGGGUUUGUCAUACAGUAUGUGUUCGUGUAAGUCUGCAAUUUCCAGUACAGAUGUUGUGAAUCAUAACAGGUCCCAUGAUAUCAUUGACAAAUACCCAUUUUUUUUUUUCUGUUUUAAAGAUUAUUAAAACACUUUCAGCAUCCAUGUCCCAUAACUUUCCAAGACACCAUCUUCGUUGUUCCGUGGCAAUUUAUUAAGUGUACUCUUGUGAUGUGGCUGGCAGGUGAAGGUGAGUACCUAACUGAUAUUGCCUCCCUUGAGACUCUUACACGUAAUCUGUCCUAGUUUGGUCAUCAGCAGGUUGUCUUUCCACUGAGCUGUGCACUCCUCUGAGAUCUUCAGGUCAACCUGAGAUAGAAGGCAGAAAAGUUGAAUUGUGUUUAGGAUAUCUGCAUCAGUUCUGAAAUUAAGGAUUCCAAUCU